AUGGGCGCUUCACUGGGUGUGGAAAAUAUCGUUUGUUGUACCACACGUGGAGAUGAAGCAGCAGCCAGACUAGUCAAGAACAGGCAUAACAGCUGGCAAGGCGUUGGCGAGGCCGAAGAGUUUCAGGCCUUCUUCGACUGCUACGAGACCCAGGAGGAGAUGGCGCAGCGGGGCCACGGCAGCGAUGUGCCGCGGCGCUAUCCGCUGGAACGACGCGGUAGUGGAGACUGCCAGCGGUCUCUGGGACUGGUGCCUGAGGCUGGAUUUAGAACCUUUGCAGAAAGGGAAGCGCGUCACGGUCUUCCGCAAAAAGUUGAUCCCGAUUCCUUGCUGCCGGAAGAUGUCUAUGAAGACUUGGUGCCUGUUCUUCGAAAUGAUGUGCGAGACCAGUGGAAGCAUCGCAUUCAGGAUGGAGACCUGGAUGAGACACUGAAGAGUCAGCUUGAGCAUGGCUUUCCGGAGCUGGAGGAGUGGACCUCCCUUUCAACACUACGUCGGAUGCUUCGCGCCUCUCAGGGAAAUAUGUCUCAGGCGGUCCCGAUGUUAAUGAAGGCCAUCGAAUGUCGAGUCCGUGAACGCGAGCUCUUUCGGUCCAUGCGCUGUCAAGUGGCCUGCGACAUGAGGAUCAUCGGACGUGAUCGAGAAAACCGACCUGUGAUUUACAUGAGUGCCCGUAGCCAAACCGAACAUCUGCGAGAGCUGAUUCCCCACGUCUUCCUUGCCUUUGAGGCCGCGUCAAGACUUGCUCAAGAAGAUGGUCAGGCGAUCUUCGUGGCUGACAUGAUUCAGAUUCAACCCCACCUGAACAUGGACCCCUUUGCCUUCAAACAUUUGGCCAACAACUUUGGAGUAGUUUUCGCGGACCGAUUGAAGUGCAUCCUCAUCGUUGACUUUUCCUUCAUUGCACAGGCGGUUUGGUCGACUUUGAGACCCUUCCUCAGUGAGCGGACGCAGAAGAAGAUCAACUUUGUGAACGAGGCAAAGGCCCGAGUCAUCGUGAAGGAAACGAUGACGCCCCCAACGCAAGAGAGGGUGCUUAGCUCAUUCGAUAUCAACCGUGAUGAGUUGAGCACUCCAGACGAUCGCUUCGGACAUGCGCUCCGCACGGCCAUUUGUGAUGUUCCAUUAGGUGGACUGCGGGCUGCAGAUGAGGCGUUGACGACUCGUUGCUGGCUUUCCGAGGAAAAAAUAGAAAGUGCUGCCACGCCGCCUGGACAUUUGCAUGACAUUGAGUUUCUGUCCUUGCUGAAUGUAGAGAGAAAGCAAGCUUUGGACAGACAAAAGAAGCGUGAGGAUUUGCUGGAAGAUACCGAGCAUGGAUCGAAGAUUCUGGGGCUUCAUCAAGAUCUGCAGGCGUUGGCUGAUGUGUUAGAUGAGCGAGUCGAGAGCAAGCUUAGUGCCAAUGAAAAGGCUUUCUUCGUAGCAUACAAGAGCUUCAUGUUCACGGUGCAAAAGGAAUUUAAAGAGCUGAAGCAGAAGGCUGAUGAGGAGGAGACGAAAACUCGAAGAGAUGCCAAGAUCCAGUCGUUGGAGAAGGAACUGGACUGGUUCAUGAACGAGGCUUUAAGACUUGAUGAGCUGGUCAAGAAGUACAAGAAGGAGCUGGACAAGUGGAAAGGCAAAGCAGAAGCGUUGGAAGAUGAUCGACGCUUUUUGGAAAGCCAAAUUAAACAAGCGAAGAGGACAAACAAGUCUCUUCGCAGUGCAGUCGAACAGGCGCAAAGCUCGGCAUAUGCCGCACUGGUCUCUGAUGAUGGCCAGCAACAAGCCAUCAAGGCUCAGGAAGGUCCUACUGAGGAUCCGGUGAUGGGCCCAUCGUACAGUGGUCUCUCUCAGGAAUUGGAGGAGAAAUACCAGACAACUGUGAAGCGCUUGAAGCAACAGUUGCAGCAAGAGCAGAAGCAAGCGACCAAAUUGAGAGCCAUUGCUGACCGGCAAUUCACGGAACCCUCUGAGCUGGAGGCCUUCUUCAUUGAGUGCGUAGAGCAGGUGAAGGGCGACAUUUCUGAGCGGCGGAAGUUGGCCCUUGAGCAGCGGUCGGCCUUGCGAGGACCGGAGGCAAAAGGGCGAGGUUACCCCGAGACACUUCCACCUCAAGUGGCAAAGCUGGCACAACAGCCCACCUUGGAUGAUUUUACCGUCACGGAUCGGCGUAAGGUGGUAGAGCUGCUUUUGAGCAGCGAACAUGUUCUGCAGUUUUUGUACGACAAGCUCUUUCCUGCUGAGGCAUCAGGGCAAUACUGA